GAGUUCACGACAUCACCUCCACACUUCCACAGCUGCGGCAUGCCAGCACACUACAACACUCACAUCUCCACUCCGCGUCUAUUUAGCCAUCAGUACUGACCAGCCCCGGCACACAGGAGGAGGCCGCAGGCUGGAAGUGAAACGGCAAGCCUCUCCACAGCUCUCCAGAAAGCUCUAGUCCAGGCUCCGGCCGGCGUCGAUGGCGCCCAGCAAGCUCGCAGUGGCCGUCGCCAUGGUGGCGACUCUCCUCCUGCUCAGCAACAGCAACAUCAAGGCUGCUCCCGGCGGCGGCGGCUACCCGGCCCCUCCCGUCGGGCCUCCGCCGCACCAGAUCGUCGACCCUGCCAAAGACUGCGGCGGCGCCUGCGACGUGCGGUGCGGCGAGCACUCGCGCAAGAACCGGUGCACCCGGGCGUGCCUCACGUGCUGCCGCACCUGCCGCUGCGUGCCGGCGGGCACGGCCGGCAACCAGGAGACCUGCGGCAAGUGCUACACGGGCUGGACCACGCACGGCAACAGGACCAAAUGCCCGUGAGAGGCGGCGCGCGGCCGGCGGCUGGGGGGGGGGGGGGUGGCCGGCGGUGGCACCGUGUUCGGUGUUCCCCGGCCGAGAGCAGCCAGAGAGAGAGGCGGGCGCACUACUGGCCCGUCUUGUACUGUGAUCCAUCGGCUUUAGAUGUAGGCUGUGUGCGCUCUGCUGUUUCUUUCUUGUGUUCUUUCUGAUGUUGCGGGCUGGUUGUUUCCUGUGUAAAAAAAAAGAGGGAGAUGCAUUUCUCUAGCUGUAAAAUCCAUCUGGGUUGGUUCAAUGCACUGUUUUUAUAUUUUGUGUGGUAGUUUAAUUACCUGUCUUACAUCACUUGGUUA